GCGUGGUGACGUCAUAACAGGCGCUCCGGAAACUCAAGCUCGUCACUAGUUAAAUGUGGAGCCUGGUCGAGCAGGGUGAACUUUCUUUUUCCAUCAUCUCAAAAUACAGCAGUGACAUAUGUUUACACGUAGGUGAACAUAAUCGAAGAUCGUAUUCGAUACGAAAUGGACUCCUCUGAGCACGGCUCUUCAAAGUCAUCUACAGGUGAAGCCAGUGCAGGGACGCUACCACCAGGCCUGACAGAGAAGGAGGCAGAAGAGAUACAGGUGGAGCUCACCAAGGUGGAGGACGAGAUUCAGACACUGAGACAGGUUAUCCUGGUGAAGGAGAGGCACGCCGCUGAGCUCAAGCGCAGACUUGGCAUCGGUCCCCUCUCCGAAAUCAAACAGAACCUCACCAAAGGCUGGCAUGAAGUUCAGUGCUCCAAUGCAUACCUUACCGCUUCGGCCACACUUGAAGAAAUUGGACAUUCUGAUGCCUAUAAGAGGACUCAGGAGACUCUGUCUCAGGCAGGUCACAUAACAUCAGCUGCGUUCUCCUCGGUGGGCUCUGCCAUCAGAAACCGAUUUGGAGAGAUGAGGGCUCUGCCGUACUCUAACUCUGGGAACUCGCCAAGCUUUAAAUCCUUUGAGGACAAGGUGGAGAAUAUGAAGUACAAAGUAAUGGGGCGAUCAAAUGGAGAGAGCGACCAUUCGCCAACCAGCAACAACACUCCUUUCUGAGCAGGAAGCAACAACCUCAUGACCAAAAACUGAUAUCGGUUAUCCUUCUUUAACGCUGCAGCCAAAUACACUCCAGUCUCUCCACUGCUAAGUUACCUUCAAAUGAAUGUACAGAAAGAAAACGAUGCUUUAAGAAACCAAGAUGCCAACAUGCGAAGAGAUAAUGAUUACUUAACAACUCUCACCCUUGAAUUAUGCAAUAUAGCCAAACAAAACCUCUUAAAUUAGAAUAUUAAAACUGGAUAACGCUUUUUGGGACUGUUCGAUUUUUUUCUGUGCAUCUAAUUACCUUUAAUCUAUUGUCAUAUUUUAUCUAGUCAAACUAGGGGCUUCUUUGAAACUUGAGUAGUAAAUGGUCUGUUACGAUCAGCAUGAAGAGGUAAAAUCUUUGCACAUCUCACACUUAGAAUGUCCGAAAACACAUCAGGCUUCUUCAGCCUGCUUCGUUGCCACUGUUUAUUAUUGUUACAUGCUUCCUACAAUGAAUAUUGCACUGGUUAUUAUCACCCUGCUUGUUACUCAGGGGAAAAGGUGCUAAAGCUUUUCUUGUGACAAGACUGAAGCACCAGGUGUGUACUAAAUUAUUCACAUUUAUUUUAUUGUCUUUAUCUGUUUUGAGUUUUCCCCAGUUGAAUAACAAAAAAAUACUACAAUAUGUUCUAGCAGAAAUGUUUUGAGAUUCGAGCUAUUAAUACCACUUGUUUCUUCUCAUUACCUUUUAAAAAGUUUAGUGUGAGUUAAUUAUUUAUUCACUGUCCAUGCAAUGAUCUGGAAGAUAAUGUUACCAUACUGAGCUUACUACUGUUUACAUGUUUGAUGCUUUGUGGCUGUAACAUACUACACCGUUCAGGGUUUAUUAAAGACAAAGAAAUAACGAGAA